AUGAAGUUGGUUUUGACGAUUCUGAUAGCCACUUUGGCUAUCGGAACAGAAGCAGGAUUCGAGAGACAGUAUACUGUCUGCGGACAUAAAGACGGUGGUCUACACUCAUUUAAAGAAGGACGUACAGGAGACGACGAUGUUUGUGGAAAACGUCUUGCGACGGCUUAUUUCCACGAUGAAGUCAACCAAACGGGAUGGGUUUUCCUUGAAGUUGACGUGAUUAGCCCGAAGAUUCCACACUACUUGCAAGGAUAUGCCGCUGGAUUUGCUGAAGGUCGUGCAACUCGUGAUUUGAUCGACAUGCACAUCAUGAAUACCGUAACCGGUUACUGUGACGGUGCCAAACAUUUCUGCGAUGAGCUCGCCGAGUUCAUCGAGGAUAACUUGAAAUGGAUGGAGACGGAGAUCAAAGAACAUCCGGAAGAUGAGUAUUGGCAGCAAGUGAAUCUAACAGUCAAUCAAUUAUUCGGGUUGAUUCAUGGUUAUGAGAAUACAUUGGGAGCUCAGAUCAAUUAUCGGGAGAUUGCAGUUCACCCAAUUUUCAUGAUUCAACUUGCCGGAGAUCUGGAGGACUUAGCCAUGAAGUUCAAAAAACCAGAAAAUCCGAAGAAAGUCUUCUCAGGACCAGGACAUUGCUCCGCUCUCGUUAAGCUUCUACCGAAAAACGAGGAUAUCUUGUUCUCUCAUGUCACCUGGUCUUCCUACAGCACUAUGCUCAGAAUCAACAAGAAAUAUUCGUUCAAGACUGGAGAUCCAGGACAGGUUUACUCGUUUUCAAGUUAUCCAGCAUCCAUCACCUCCACCGACGACUUCAUUCUCACCUCUGCUAAACUCGCAGUUCUCGAGACUACGAUCGAGAAUUAUAACAAGAAGUCACUCGACCUCAUCACUCCUAAUACAGUUCUCACUUGGAUUCGUGCUGAAAUUGCUCACAGAACAGCAUCAUCUGGAUUGCAAUGGGCGGAAGCAUUUGGAAGACAUAACAGUGGAACAUAUAAUAAUGAAUGGGUUGUAGUGGAUUACAAGCAAUUCCACAGAGGAAAAGAGGUUCAGCCAGAGACUGGAAUCAUUCAUGUCAUUGAGCAGAUGCCAGGCCACAUCGUUCACUCCGACAAGACCGCCCAUCUCUUCCGUACUUCCUACUGGCCAGGAUACAAUCAACCAUACUACAAACAGAUUAUUCGAUUCUCUGAAACUGACAAAAUGGUUGAGAAGUACGGUGACUGGUACAGCUAUGACAAGACCCCUCGAGCACUCAUCUUCGCGCGAGAUCAUGUGAAUGUAAAGGACAUGGACUCGAUGAUUUCAUUGAUGAGAUCAAAUAAUUACACUAAGGAUCCAUUGUCAAAGUGUGACUGUAAUCCACCAUAUUCGGCGACCAAUGCAAUUGCUAGCAGAGCUGAUUUGAAUCCAAUCAAUGGUACUUAUCCGUUCAGGUCGCUCUCGUUUCACGACCUUGGAGCUAUCGACGUCAAAGUCACCAACUCCCGUCUCAUCAACACCCUCCAAUUCACAGCCGUCUCCGGACCACCAGGCGGUGUCACAAAGGACGUUCCAAUUUUUGAUUGGAGAACCAAUCCAUUGAGAAAGAAAGUUCCACAUUUUGGACAGCCUGUUAAAUGGAACUUUGCCCCAGUGACUUACAAAUGGAGAAAAACUUACACUCCAAGCCGUCUUCAGAGAUUCAAACAGUAUUUGUCAGAGAGAUCUUUCUAA